ACAGACAGAAUGAAGUUGUUCCUACUAGCCUGUAUUAUUGUGAUUACUACUACUACUACAACUACAACUACCAGUGUCAUAAGUCCACAAUAUGAGGAAAUAUGGACACAAUGGAAAUUGAAAUUCAAUAAAACUUAUCCUAUCAAUGAAGAAAUCAAACGACAAGCAAUUUUCAUGAAACGAGUGCAGAAAAUUCAACAACACAAUCUAAGACAUGAUUUAGGUUUGGAAAGUUACACUAUGGGUUUAAAUCAAUUUUGUGAUAUGGAUGAGGUGGAAGUGAAAGCAGCGCUAUUCUCUAAAGUACUUGGCAUCGAUCCACUAUGGGAUGAUAAGAAAAGUGAAGAAUUAGACUGGUCUAAUAAACCAUUGCCCUCCAAAUGGGAUUGGCGUGAUCAUGGUGUGGUGACUUCAGUGAAAGAUCAGGGUAAAUGUGGAUCGUGUUGGGCAUUCUCAGCAGCUGGAGCGAUUGAAGGUCAACUGGUCAAAAAGCAUAAGAAGUUGAUGAGUCUGUCCGAACAACAGUUGAUUGAUUGUAGUUCGGAUUUUGGAAAUGAAGGAUGUGAGGGUGGUACAAUGGAUCAAGCCUUCAGUUAUGUUCACAAAUAUCCAAUUGAAUCGGAGAAAGAUUAUAAAUACGUUGGUCGUGAAUUAUCAUGUCGUUUUCGUAGAUCAAAAGGUGUUGUGAAAGUCAAGAAAUUUAUUGAUUUACCCUCUGGGAAUGAAAAGAAACUACAACAAGCUCUUUAUCAAUAUGGACCAAUUUCAGUCGCUAUCGAUGCAUCAGACAAUUUUGUCUUGUACAAGAGUGGAGUAUACGAUUCAUGGCGAUGUUCAUCGAUCCUAUUGAAUCAUGGUGUAUUAGCUGUUGGAUAUGGACGAGAACGUGGUAAAGAUUAUUGGCUUAUCAAGAAUAGUUGGAGUAGUGAAUGGGGUAUGCAUGGUUAUGUGAAAAUACGACGGAACAAACAUAACAUGUGUGGUGUUGCAACAAAUGCCAGUUUUCCAAUAUUAAUGUAAUCUAUUUUUCAUUGUUUGUUGAAAUUUUUCUUAUGAAAAUAAAAAAGAAACAUACUCUUU